GUUGAUGAAAUAGAAUUCAGGUGUAAUCAAUUUCAUCAAUUCUUUAAUUAUUUUAAGAAAACUAAGAUAUAGAAAACGGAAAUGGCCUUUAGUGAAGUUUGUAGAAUUUGUUUAAGCGUUAAUAUAUGCAUGUUUGUGCUAAAGAAGACUGGCCUUCAAAAUUUGUAUAAGACAUUGACGAACAGUUUUAUGGAUGAGAAUGAGGAUCCCAUAAUUGUCUGUUUGACCUGUCAUGCAAGACUCAUUCGUUGCAGAAGAUUACAACAACAGGCUAUUGACUCAAAUGCAGUUCUGAAGCAGUUGCUUGCAGGAGGAUCCAUGGUAUUAUCCAUUCCAUCCAUUAAAAGAAAGGAGAAUGUUUUUUCUAGUGCAAAGUUAAGUUUGUCCUUCAAUCCAACUUAGUUUUUUGUUAGGUAGAGCAAUAUUCUAUAUUUUAUAAAUAGUGUCCGACCGAAACCGAAAAUGAACCUUCGGUCUGGGUGUCAUGUAAUUUUUUUUUAUUGUAUACUGAAAUCUGGUAUAUUUUAUGCAUAUACAGAUAGCUAAUGCAUGUUAAUGAAAAACAGUAAUUGUAAUUGUCAUGUAGCAAUAUAUUUAUUAAUUUUAAAGUAAUAAUCAACAAUUUGAAGUUAAUAAAUAAUUUUUUAAGUCAAUUUUGUAAAAAAAUCCACACUUAUUACAUGGUAGAACCAUGCUGCAGCUAUAUUAGUAGUAUAGUUGUAGCACAAAUGGGUUGGCUCCACUGGGGAAGGACCACGCUCUCACAGAAUACUAGCGUAAAUAGCAGCUUAACACUGCUGUGUUUCGUAUGGUGCGUGUAGAGAACUGGAAACCUUUUUUACUGGAAAAAGGGCAUUCCAUAUUAGUCCUCACGGGUGACAACGCAUCUGCAUUUUGAUUCUUUUUUGAGGAUAGAUGUGGAUGUCUAUAGGUCACAGCAACCACUUACCAUCAGGUGGACUGUGUGCUCGUUUGUCACCUUAUCCUAUAUUUAAAAAAAACUUACAUCCACAAAAAGUUACUUGCUAAUUGAGAAUAUAUUUUAUUGGGUUCACAAUAUUGUAUCUUUUCAAAAUUGUAUCCAUUUACAUCAAUACAUUGCUGCAUCCGAUGGAACCAAUGAGAAAAGCACUUUGCCCACUCGUCCUUAGGGGUCUCUUCGACGGCAUUUUGAAACGCAGCCACUGCUUCCUCGGCGUCCAUUAAACGUUUUCCUCGAAGUUUUUCUUUUAUUUUCGGAAAUAAAUAAAAAUCGCAAGGUGCGAGAUCGGGUCUAUAAGGCGGGUGACCUAAUAUUUCUACGUCUGACUUUGUCAAAUAAUCUAUUGAAAGGAGGAUCUUACUGCGAGGUCGUUUUUGCCGAACUUUUUCCAAGACAAGUGGCAAACAAUUGUUAGUGUAUAACUCUGCAGUAACUGUUUUUCGAUCGUCUAAAACAAUUGUUGCGUAUUGACCUGUCCUUCCGAAGAACAAGGCCACCAUCUUCUUUCCCACGCUUCGACCUCUCUUUAAUUUAGUUGAAAACUCCUCGGAAGGAAACACCCAGGCAGCAGACUGUCUCUUAGUUUCAGGAUCAUAACAAUAAAUGCAGCUUUCGUCACCCGUAAGUAAGUCGAACACAGCAUUUGAGUCACCUCCGUUAAAUCUUUGAACCAUUUCACGACACCAAUCAACACGACGGAGUUUUUGAGCCUCUGUCAAAUUAUGAAGUAUCCACCGGGCACAAAGCUUCCUAGCCGCUAAAUGUUCAUGGAGGAUUUUGUAAACUUAACUCAUACCGAUGCCUAACUUGUCCGAAUCUGCUGAUAAGUCACUCUUUUGUCAGUCUCUAUCAUACGCCGCACAACAUUGAUGUUAUCUUCAGUCGUCGCCGUCCCUCACACAGAUCAUCGGUGAGAUUAGUGCGACCACGUUUAAACUCAUUAAACCACUUGUAAACAGUGGCACGAGAUGGGGCUUCAUCGUGAAAGGCCAAUUGAAGUCUAUCAUAACUUUCUUGUUAACUUAAAUGACAUCGAAAGACAUAAAAAAUAUUUUUUCGCGUUAUAUUCAUGCUGACGUGACAGACAAUUUUCAAUUUGCCGCCAAAUAGUAAAGAAAUGAAAAAUUAUUAAAAUACAUACACAAUAAUAUUGGCAGAGUUCCAUUUCCAAAUUUGAACUUAUUUUUUAAUAUAUCGUUUACAAGUGGCCAGUUCUAAAAACUUUCAGUGUCACCCUCGUAAGUCUUAUCAAAGCAUGUUUGGUAGGAUAGAUCUAUUGGGUAGAUCCUUAGAACGAAAGAAAAGGGGCCUUGCUGAUUCAACUUCGCCCAUGUUUAUAUUAAUCUGCGCUACACCUCUGAUUGUAAGCUGUUAUUUAAAAAAAAGUUCCGCUGAGUUUCUUGCUGGUUCUUCCAAGGACAGACAUCUUUUUUUCGAACCAGUGGUAAUUAUACAAAAGAGUGACUUUCAAUAAGUAUUAAUUACAAUCUAUUUUGAAUAAAAGUUUGUUUCUGUAUAAUUAUGAAUAAUAUGCGAGUCACGAACUCAUCCGAACGAUGCACGAUAAUCCACGAACACUGAGUUUCGGCGCCAGCGAAGGUUUGGCAGAUUUUUUGCCGAAACCGAAACUAUUACCGAAACUAGAUUUUUUUGCCGAAACCGAAUCUUCGGUUGGUCUCUAUUUAUAAAUUUCAGUAAGUUAUGUAUUUAUUAUGACAAAAAUAAUUAUUAAACUGUUUAUACUGUUAUAUAUUAGUCUAUUGUAUAUAAACGAAAUAUAAUCAAAUAUGAAAUAAAGAUAGAUCUUUGUCAAUUUAUGGCAUUUGUGAAUCUAAAUAGAAAAUUUUUUGAGACUAGAUUCUUGGGAUGGAUGAACUUUUACAUUCAUACUCAAGUUUAUUGGGAACCCUCACUUUGGUCCGGUUUUUAUUAUUAUUUGAAGUUGUUGUCAGGAAGAUGAUCCUCCUCCAUCUCCUGUUUUCUUUUCCCUCUGUCCCUUUUUACGACAUCUGGUUUUUUCUCUUAUUUAAAAAAAAAUUGGUUUCAGUCCAUACCAAAACCACAUGAGGCAAGAGAAGAGUUUCAAGUCACACCAGUUUAUCAUAUAGAUAUUUGGCCAGUAGAGUGUGACAUAGAACAAGAUUGUAAGGAUGAAAUUUUUAACCUUGAAUCUGUUAAAGUUGAGGAAGAGAAUUUCGAAAAUGAAAAUUCCAACUUUGAAGUAAAUGGGAAUCAUGAAACAGAAACGUCUGAGAAAAUGAUUAAAUCAAAUUCUACUGACAGCAACAUAAGCGAUGUACGUAAAGAAAAGCUCGAUUUGAAAAGCCCUUCUAUUAAAUCAGACCCUAAAGUGAAAAGACAUUAUAAACCAUUUAAUAAAAAAGGAAAGCAUCCUGCAAAGAUUAUGAAAAAGAAGAGUGUAAAUAUACUUACGAAAAAAACAUCUGGGGCAUCAACAAAAUAUGUUUUUGAAUGUGAUCAUUGUAGCAAAAAAUUUUCAACAAAAGAAAUUCUCGCCAAACACAUUUCAUACAGUCAUGAGACCCAAAAGAACUCAGAUAGGACACAAGUUGAACAAACUGCUGUACCACAACUAACGGAAAUGUUUAAUUGUGAUAUUUGCGAAUUUAAAACAUCUCAAAAACGUUGCAUUUUGGCACAUCUUAAAGCGCACAUGGCUAAACGUGUGUACUGUUGUAAUAAUUGUGGAUAUAAAUGUAUUAUAAAAUGUAAUUUGCGGCAUCAUAUGAAAAUACAUACCGGAGAAAAACCUUUUUCGUGUAAUAUCUGUGAAUAUAAAUCUAAUAGAAAAGAUAGUUUACAAAAACAUAUGAGGAUACACACCGGAGAUAAAUCUUUUUCGUGUCAUAUAUGUGAAUAUAAAUGUAUUACAAAAAGUAGCUUGCAAAAACAUAUGAAAAUACAUACCGGAGAAAAAUCUUUUUCGUGUAAUAUCUGUGAAUAUAAAUAUAAUAGAAAAGAUAGUUUGCAAAGGCAUAUGAAAAUACAUACCGGUGAAAAACCUUAUUCGUGUAAUAUCUGUGAAUAUAAAUGUAUAGACAAAUCUGAUUUGAGAAAACACAUUAAAAUACACACUGGAGAAAAACCUUUUUCGUGUAGUAUCUGUGAAUUUAAAUGUAUACACAAAUCUGAUUUGAGAAGACACAUAAAAAUACACACCGUUGAAAAACCGUUUUUGUGUCUUACAAAAAGUAGCUUGCAAGACCAUAUGAAAAUACAUACCGGAGAAAAGCCUUUUUCAUGUAAUAUCUGUGAAUAUAAAUGUAUUAGAACAGUUGACUUGCAAAAACAUAUGAAAAUACAUAUCGGAGAAAAAUCUUUUUCGUGUAAUAUCUGUGAAUAUAAAUGUAAUAGAAAAGAUAGUUUGCAAAGGCAUAUGAAAAUACAUACCGGUGAAAAACGUUAUUCGUGUAAUAUCUGUGAAUAUAAAUGUAUACACAAAUCUGAUUUGAGAAAACACAUUAAGAUACACACUGGAGAAAAACCUUUUUCGUGUAGUAUCUGUGAAUUUAAAUGUAUACACAAAUCUGAUUUGAGAAGACACAUUAAAAUACACACCGGAGAAAAACCGUUUUUGUGUAAUAUCUGUGGAUUUAGAUGUAUAAGAGAAACAAGUUUGCAAAGGCAUAUGAAAAUACACACUGUAACAUAACCUUUUUCGUGAAAGAUCUGAUAAAAUAUGUACAUAUUAUGUAAACGUAUUUUAUGUAUAAAUAUAAAAGUGUUCCAGUAAAAACUCC